UCAAAUAUUUAAUUAUUUUUUUACACUACACCUAAUAUAAUUAUGUAUUUUUUUUAUAUAUUAUGUUUGGGUUGCUACUUGCCAGUUGCCAUGAUAUUUUUUUGACCUUAAUGAAUCUAUCUUUCAAAACUUUUUGGUUUAAAUGCAUGACUGAGAAAGUGAGAAAUAUCAAAAUAAAUAAUAAAUAUUAAUACUGAAUACGGAUUAAUACGGAUAGCGGCCGCCGGCCAAGAGUUGAGCGCUAGUGUUGAUUAGAACUGAAAUUCCCUCCGUCCCCCGCAGAUUCAUAAUAUUAAGGUGUACUCGUAUCAACAUUCGUUUCCAGUCCUGUAUAUCUUAGUUCGUGCUGAACAAUAACUGUUGACUGUUGUCUGCCUAGAUAAAAGAUAAAUGGUUGUCUUUCUCAUGACCACGGCCUUAGAAGAUAUCUACACUAACCUAACCUAUCUAGAUAUCUUCUAAGGCCGUGCUCAUGACAAAUGAAAUUUUUUGUCAUGGUCUGUCUUUUGUUUUCCCAAUGUCCCUUUACACCACUGAACUGCGGAAGUAGGAACACCACUCUUCUUUGUUUGCACGAAGCCGGGAAGCCGCCAUAAGCAUUGGCAUCCAAGAUCUAACUAUUCUAACACCAAAUACUUUACUAACGUAUAUAGUGACGUCUCAGUUUAUUGAUUUUAAAUUUUAAAUUCUUAAUAAUUGUUUGCUGUUCUUACAAAAAGUUGGCACUUAGCAUUCUGCACCAAGUACUAAACUAUACCAACUCAAAUUGCCAAAACAGCAAAAUCGUUAAUAGAAUACAGUGUCAGUGUGAAUUAUCAGUAACUAGAAUCAAAAAGUACUAAGAAGGACAUACUUCAUUAUGAAACCAUCAAGAAUAUCUAUUAAUGAUUCUGCAAUAAAUUCCAAAUGUGAUGACCAAGUAAUUAAUAGAGUUAUUAAAGAGGAAACUAUUGAUAACAUGGACUAUAAUAAUGAUGAUCAAGUAUUAAAUAGAGUUAUUAAGCAGGAAAAUAUUGUUGAAACGGAUCAUGAUAAUGAUGAUAAAUUAUUACCAAAAAGAAUUAUAUGUCAAUUUGAAGAAGAAGUUAACAAAAAUGAAACCAGAAUAAAAACGGAAAAAGAUUUCAUUGAUUGCUUUGAAUUUGAAGGAACUGUCAUUACUCAUACAAAUUCAGACAUGAGAACUGACUCAUGUAAAAAGCCUUUGACACUCGGUGAGUGUACUAAACCAGUUAAAAGAGAAAAGUCAUUUGUUUGUGACAUUUGUAAUAAUUCAUAUUAUACAAAAUCAAAUAUAAAAAGCCAUAUGAGAUCACAUACUGGGGAAAAGCCCUAUAAAUGUGAUAUCUGUGGUAAAGAAUUUUCUCUUCAUGAUAGUUUAAGCCGGCAUAUAAGGACACAUACUGCAGAAAAACUAUAUACAUGCAAUACCUGUGAUCAAAAGUUUUCUCAAAUAGGAAAUUUAAAACAACAUAUGAGAUUACAUACCGGAAACAUGCCAUAUAAAUGUGAAAUAUGUAAACAAUCGUUUUCUCGUCGAGACACUUUAAAAAUUCAUACUAGGACGCAUACAGGAGAUAAGCCGUAUACGUGUGAUACAUGUAAAAGAGCGUUUUCCACUAGAUCAAAUUUAAUGGGUCACAUUAAGACACACCGGCGAAAAGCCAUACAAAUGUGAUAUAUGUGAUAAAAAAUUUUCUACAACAGGUACUUUGUCAUUGCAUAGAAGGAUACACACUGGAGAAAAGAGGUAUACAUGUGAUAUCUGUGAUCAAAGGUUUA